AUGUACCGGGACCCGGAGGCGGCCAGCCCAGGGUCCUUCCAGCCCCGGGGGGGCGCGAGCUGGAGCGGCAGCAGCUUGGACCCCGGAGCCCCGCAGUCCGGGCACUGCCAGACUGAAUGCCCGGCGCCGGCUUCGCAGUGUCCCCGCAAGGACCUCCCCCCCACCCCCAGCAGCCCAAGGACAACGUGCGUGGCGGAGCCAGGAGCCGCUGCCCCCGCGGGAGCAGGGCAGCGCCUUCGGAGGCGCCCCGGGCUCCUUAGCAUCGGUGCCCUGGGGGCGCCGGCGAGGAAGGGACCCCAGGGCGAGAACCUCGGGCAGCUUGGGGCCAGGGAUGUGGGCAUAGGCGAGCGGAGUGGCAUCGGCGGAGGGUCUGACCUGUGCCUGUCCUCCCCAGGGGCGCCCACCCGCGACGUCCUGCUGGUCUCUGCCAUCGUCACCGUCAGCCUUAGCGUCACUGUCGUCCUCUGUGGCCUCUGUCACUGGUGUCAGCGCAAACUGGGCAAACGCUACAAGAAUUCCUUGGAGACAGUGGGCACGCCAGAUUCGGGACGUGGGCGCAGCGAGAAGAAGGCAAUCAAUGAUCUAGACAGAGACUUUUGGAAUAACAAUGAGAGCACAGUGCAGCAGAAAUGGAGCUCCUACCCUCCCAAGGAGUUUAUUCUAAACAUUUCACCCUACGCCCCUUAUGGCGACCCACGACUGUCCCUCAAUGGCACCCUCCUGUCGGGCGCCAAAGUGGCCGCUGCGGCGGGGCUGGCGGUGGAGCGGGAAGGCCGGCUGGGGGAGAAGCCAGCGCCGGUGCCGCCACCUGGAGAGGACGCCUUGAGAAGCGGCGGGGCUGCCCCCAGCGGGCCGGGCAGCAGUGGCAAGGCGGGGAGAGGCCGCUGGCGGACGGUGCAGAGCCACCUGGCCGCAGGGAAGCUCAACUUGUCCAAGUUGCCCACAGGCGGGAAGGCAGUGAACACAGCCCCAGUGCCGGGCCAGACGCCUCACGAUGAGUCUGACCGCCGCACCGAGCCGCGCUCCUCCGUCUCAGACCUCGUCAACUCCCUCACCAGCGAGAUGCUCAUGCUCUCCCCAGGCUCCGAGGAGGAUGAGGCCCACGAGGGCUGCAGCCGAGAAAACCUGGGCCGGAUCCAGUUCAGCGUCGGCUACAACUUCCAGGAGUCCACGCUCACCGUGAAGAUCAUGAAGGCCCAGGAGCUGCCAGCCAAGGACUUCAGCGGCACCAGCGACCCCUUUGUCAAGAUCUACCUGCUGCCAGACAAGAAGCACAAGCUGGAGACCAAGGUGAAGCGCAAGAACCUGAACCCCCACUGGAACGAGACCUUCCUCUUUGAAGGUUUUCCCUACGAGAAGGUGGUACAGAGGACCCUCUACCUCCAGGUCCUAGACUACGACCGCUUCAGCCGCAAUGACCCCAUUGGGGAGGUGACCAUCCCCCUCAACAAAGUGGACCUGACCCAGAUGCAGACCUUCUGGAAGGAUCUGAAGCCAUGCAGCGAUGGGAGUGGCAGCCGAGGGGAGCUGCUUUUGUCUCUCUGCUACAACCCCUCUGCCAACUCCAUCAUCGUGAAUAUCAUCAAAGCCCGGAAUCUCAAAGCCAUGGACAUCGGGGGGACAUCAGACCCCUAUGUGAAGGUGUGGCUAAUGUACAAGGACAAGCGGGUGGAGAAGAAGAAGACGGUGACGAUGAAGAGGAACCUGAACCCCAUCUUCAAUGAGUCCUUCGCCUUCGAUAUCCCCACGGAGAAGCUGAGGGAGACAACCAUCAUAAUCACCGUCAUGGAUAAGGACAAGCUUAGCCGCAAUGAUGUCAUCGGCAAGAUCUACCUGUCUUGGAAGAGUGGGCCCGGGGAAGUGAAACACUGGAAGGACAUGAUUGCGCGUCCGCGGCAGCCUGUGGCCCAGUGGCACCAGCUGAAGGCCUGA